CGUGUCUACGUAUCGCGGCCGAGUUCAGUUUCCUCGUUCGCCGUCUUCGAGGAUGAGAUCAACGCUGACUCGCGUCGACAGCGUUCGAUCGCCGCUUCCUGUACUCCGCGCGCGUCACCGCCACGUCCUUCGAUCCAGCUGAACCAGACCGUUGGCAGAUUUUUUUGGGAAAAACUGACGAGAAUCUCGGAACGAGUGAAAUGGAAAGUACCGCGUUCCUUCUCGUCACUUAUCUCUGACACGCUCCAGAGGGAAGAGAAGAAAAGUGUUUCGGUCGGAGAAACGACCGAAAUCCACAAUUGUGAAAGGGACAUCGAGGAGAGAAGAUUCGUAGGAAAGGAGAGACCUUGUUUCGAAGUGAUUAUACUUUCUAAAAACGUGUCCCGGCGAGAUUUAGCCUUGCUUCAGCAAGCGUUCUUGGUUCAUAAUCCAAUGAAAGAGAGGUUGCGAUAAUUUCAUCCUGCAGUUCUCGAAGCGUCCAACGUGAGAAGGCAAGCAAUGGUGUCUAUAGAUCUCGAAAUAGUGCGACAGAUAUUCAUUGGGAUCGUUUGCAAUCUUCUGGUCAUCGAUAGUGGAUUGAACGAGGGAUGGAGCACCCCUAUUAUACCGAAAUUCGAGCAGGACGAUCCUUUGAAGGUGUCCAGCGACAAAGUGGUCUGGGUGGUGAAUUUGAUGUACGUCGGGGUCGGACUCGGCUCGAUCGUACCGUUUCUUUUGAUGGAUAGGAUUGGUCGUAAAGGAACACUGCUGUUCGCCACAAUACCAAAGAUCGCCAGCUGGAUUUUGAUCGGCCUGGCAGCCACCGUUACGCAACUUUACAUCGGUAGAAUAGUAGCCGGAGUGGGAUGCGGGAUAACGUAUGCAGUGAUGCCUAUGUACCUGGGCGAGGUUAGCAGCAAAAGGACUCGUGGUCCAUUAGGUACCCUGAUGGCGGUGCUCCUAAACACGGGCAUGAUGCUAGCGUACGCGAUCGGUCUCUGCGUGUCUCGUUUCACGAUGUCCAUGAUCUCCGUCACCGUUCCCCUAAUGUUCCUCGUGACGUUUAUCUGGCUACCGGAAAGCUCCGUGUUCCUCACGAGAAAGAACAAGCUAACAUCAGCGGAGAGGACGUUGAAGUGGACGUUGGGAAAGGACGACGUGGUGGAGGAACUGGAGGAGAUCAAACGUAUCGUAGCCACGGAGGAUCUAAAGACCGACAUGACGUUCGCCAGAUCGUUGAGAGAUAUGUUCAAGAGACGGGAGAAUCGUCGAGCUUUUCGUAUCGCCGCGAUUGUUCUCAGUGCGUUGACCUUGACCGGAGCGGCGCCGUUGCUCGCUUAUCAGUCGUUCAUAUUUGAGGAGGCGGGCUUCGCGAUCUCGACGGACGUCAGCAUCGUGAUCACGGGUUGCACGAUCGUGCUAGCUGGCAGCGUGUGCGUGAUGCUGGUGAGGAUCACAGGGAAGAGAUUGCUGUUGCUGAUCUCCACGCCGAUCUGCGUGCUGUCCCUCGUCACGAUGGCGAUCUUCUUCGGGAUGAUGUCGAGCGGCCAGGACGUCUCCGGGCUACGAUGGGUGCCCAGCGUAUUCCUCGUGAUUUAUGUCCUCGGGUACGGGCUCGCGCUCAACCCUGUCCCGCUAGCCUACGUCGGCGAGAUCUUCCACAUCGACGUGAAGGUACCUGCGGCUAUCUUCUGCUCCCUUUAUUACGCCAUCGCGACCACAACCGUGGUGAAAUUCUAUCAGGUGCUGCAAGAAUCGUACGGAACGUACAUGCCCAUGUUGGCGUUCACCGCGAUUACUGUCCUUAUAUGGUUGUUAAUCUAUCGAUACGUGCCGGAGACAGAAGGGAAGACCUUGGAGGAGAUACAAAUGGAAUUAAGAGGAAAGAACUGACAAUUUUUACCCG